UUUCAGUUUUGAAGGUGACUCUGCCGUUACUUCCUGACAUGACAACCAAGUUAAAGCCGUUAGGUGAAAAUGCGCUCGGCACGUUGAUCGGAGAAUAGGAUCCAGUUGAUCACAGUAUGGCUCGUCAAUGAAGAUCUUACCACCAACACCACCACAGAAGCAGCAGCAGAGAGAGAGAGAGAGAGAAAGGCAGAGAGAGACUCAUUGAUCCACUGUGUUGCAGCGUUGCGGUGCAUCUAAACUCCUCCCGGUCAUUGCGCGGACAUCAUGUGGCCAACAACAGCCUGAUAGCUCACAGGGGGGACCCUAUAUAAGCUCUGCAGCUGUCAAGUGGAGGACACUGGCUGCUUUGCGCUGGGGGACGACUCGCUUUAGGAGAUUACGGCUCUUGAUAACCACAAAUCCAAAUUGUAACAAUGUCUCAUUCCUGGGGAUACGGAGCAGACAACGGACCCGAACAAUGGGCUGAUAACUUUCCUAUUGCCAAUGGACCCCGCCAGUCUCCCAUUGACAUCGUACCUGGCGAUGCAUCAUACGACGCGGGGCUGAAGCCGCUCAACCUGAAGUACGAUCCCUCCACCUGCCUCGAUAUUCUCAACAACGGACAUUCCUUCCAAGUGACCUUCAUAGAUGACUCCGACAUCUCAACUCUGAGAGAUGGACCGAUCUCAGGGAUCUACAGGCUCAAGCAGUUUCAUUUCCACUGGGGAGCUUCAGAUGACAGGGGCUCUGAGCACACUGUGGCCGGGACCAAGUAUCCUGCUGAGCUCCAUCUGGUGCACUGGAAUACCAAAUACGCAAGUUUUGGUGAGGCUGCUAGCCAGCCUGAUGGGCUCGCUGUUGUUGGAGUAUUCCUGCAGAUUGGUGCUGCAAAUGCCAGUCUCCAGAAAGUUCUGGACAGCUUUGAUCUCAUCAAGGGCAAAGGCAAGCAGACCACUUUCGCUGACUUUGACCCGUCUACCUUGCUCCCCAGCUGCUUAGACUACUGGACAUAUGAUGGCUCUCUGACCACACCUCCUCUGCUGGAGAGCGUCACCUGGAUUGUGUGCAAAGAGCCAAUCAGCGUCAGCUCUGAGCAGAUGGCCAAAUUCCGCAGCCUGCUCUUCUCUGCUGAGGGUGAGGCCGAGUGCUGCAUGGUGGACAACUAUCGUCCUCCCCAGCCGCUCAAGGGUCGUUGCGUCCGUGCUUCCUUCCAGUAAUACCCCCCCCCCCACCCCCCACCCCCCCUUGCCCUUUCUGCCCUGUUGCCCUCUCCCUUCCCCCUCCCUUUAGUUAGACACCCAGAGUUACCUCUUUAGCAAUGAGCAACAAAGCACACAUAUCUCUCCGUCCAAUUUUUGAAAUAAAUGAAAUUCCUGUGGCCCAUUGCUUUUACCACUGGGCAGUCUAACUGUGAGAUGAAGCACUUGCAAGAAUUGCAUCUCAAUGUAUGUAUUAAGCCAGCAAAGAUGCUCUGUCAUCAUUUAUUUAAGACACUUCUUGGUGGUAGCUGCACAUUUACUUGGAAUUACUAUCUGGUGCCAAUGUUUUCAGAGACGUUUCAGCCGGUGUGUGAGCAGGUCUUCCUUAUGUUGCCCAGCAAACACCACAGGGAUGGAAAAUGAACAUGAUUUACAAUCAAAAUGGUGCUCUCAAGCCUACGGGAAGCAGGAGACACAAGCUAGUUGCAGUCGGUAGGGGGAGGAGGGAAAUACAUAACCAUCUGUGAGGAGGGUAAGGUGCAGAUAAAAAGAUGCACACACUCCCGCUGCCAGUCUGUCUGUAAUCUCUGACUGACUGCCAGCCUCUGCAUCACAGCAGCUUAAUGAAACGCUGCAACCGCCUCCAUCACAACCAAUUGAUGCAGAAAAUCCCCCUCUGGCACAGGCACAACCACAACAUCGCACACACAGUCUCAUGCAGGCACGAUGCCUAUAGGCACUGACCUGCUUAUUGAUUUAAAUUCAUUGUACAGCAACUGCUGCUUGCUGCCCAACAGUGUGACAAUGGCUUAUUUCUUUGGGGGUUUUUUUUUUAGCCUAAUCUUAAACUCAUUCAUGUGUUUGUUAUCCCAUGUUGUCUUUUUUAAGCCUGAAAGCUUAUGCAAAAUGAGUCUUAAGUGAUUCCUAAAUUAUAUUUUAGAAUCAAAAGGUCAUGUGCAUUUGUGACGCCCUGAUAAUAUAGCAAUAGAAAGGAAUGAUGCUCCUUUCCAAACUGAAAUGUAAUGUGUAAAGAAAAACCCUUCAUGUGUUGUUUUGAAAACCCCAAUGUGUCAAGUGCUAAAGCUUAAAACGCACAAUCGCCUUGUGGGCGAUGCCAUAGUUGCUAAUGCACAAAGCCAAGAAUGAUUACCCUGCUAAGAAAGCCAAGGAAGAAAAGAACCUGCCAGUAGAUACCACAAUAAUGUCAGCCUGAUGUCAGGCCCUGGGAUGGACAAUAAAUAACAAAAGAGCUUUUGUUAACCCUUUAUGCAUUUCUGAAACAAUAAAGAAGUUUAAGAAAAGUUGUGUGUUUCCAGAAAGAUUGUAGUUAAAAUAGUUUUUAAAAAAAAUGCCUUAUGCCAGUCAUUGUUAGUGUUGUCCCAUGAGUAUGUGUUGUUGUCAUUCUAUUUUGGAAGUGGAUGUUUUACUAGUUGAAUAAAUAUAUUUUAUGACUAA